GCGGAGCGCUGAGCCUGCACAUGGGUGAGUAGAAGAAUCAAAAAUGAUAUUAUCAAAUAACCUUUGUUUGGCAAUGUUUGACAAGAAAUUUCAGUUUCAUGUUUCUGCCGCAAAGCUUGUGAAUGAUGCACCGUAGGAUGGCCAGCCUCUUCUCCUUAAGUUCCCGGCCACAGGCCUUCUUUCGACUAGCAAGCGCCGCCAAUCGAUCAGUGUGUCGCAGAAAUUUCCAUCUGACGACUGCAGUUCAACAGACCAGGGAUGACGACCUCUUCUCGUCUGUGACUCCAUCUGAAACGGACCCCUCCAAGUCUGCUACCGUCCAAAAAGCUAAAUUUCAGGACGCCGCUGCGCGUCGAGAACCACAAUUCUACGAACUUGUAGAGUACGUGACCAACCGCACAGGACGCAAACGCGCUAUCAAAGCCGGCCAAGUGCGCCAAACUGCAUGGCUUCGGUUGUUCCAGCUCGCAAGCUCGUCAGAACAGCUGGAAAUAGUUGCAGAGCUGUUUCCGAGGUGGAGAGACUCGGGCAAGGAGUUCCGCCCCAUACACGCAGAGGCUUUCAUCCGUCGCUGUGAGGAGUUGAAUUGCCCGACGCUCGCACUCAAGGUUUUUGGAGACCAUUCGAAAUACGGUCUGGCUUUGAGCUCUCUCUUCGCCGCGCGACAUAUGCUGCACUCCGUCUAUGACAAGCGCCCGCUUUCGGACUCUAUGACUGUCGCAGCUCUAUUUGGUGUCUACAAGCUCCCACCUGUCUCAUCUGACCUGGCUGCUUGUUCCAUGCUCUAUGUCGCAUGUCUCAAAGAUAAUUCGGCAAAUGCACGUGUCGUGGCCAAGGCGUUGUACGAAGAGCUCCACAAACAAGUCCAAGACAAACCUCCCGUCAAGGCUCCACAGGAAAGAGCGAUUAGGGCAAGAUACGCAGAGAAACCCAAUAUCUGGUUGUUGGACGCCCUCAAGACGAUCGAGAAGGUACAUAAAAAGACGGGAAAGGAGUGGAGGUGGAUACGAUACUGGACAACAGAACGUGAAUGGCGCCCUCGCGAUACUUUUACUCCCAUACAACCUGCGACUGCCGCCGAGCACGCAUAAUCACAGCUCCUUUUAUCACCAGUCGAAUGUAAUGGAUUUCGUUUUAUUGGUAGGCUUGAAGACCCGCCAGAUGGAUGCCACUUCCUAACCCGGCAUCUUCCAUCAUUGAUUCUGUCUAUUGAGUUUGCGGUCGUUGUAUGUUUGUUUCUCCAUCUAAGUGACGAUGCUGCAGUGCGCAUGGACAGGUAAUGUACAGCACACACUCUCGUGAAAUUAACUCAGAUGACCAUUUGAAUACCCCCAACAGCUCUCAAAUUGAAUGACUUUACAUAAAUCUAGGCUUAUUUAGCAUGAUCAUGAUGCAAGUUCAAUAGCACUAAGGCGUCAGCGGCUCAAAUCGGUCCGCAAAACACCCCUCAUGACUAUAA